AGUUGAAACGCGGUCGUCGAUCGCCUGGUUGCAAUUCUCACGUCGCGUCGGGACGCAAGUAGAAAUCGCGCCCGAGUCAAAACAAAACGUGCUCCCGAAAAAUAAUCGCAUACAAAGUACCUCGUGCGUGUUGGUGUUUUUUUUUCGGGGGGUGCGCGGAGUGGGUGUCUACCACGUGGGUUAAGAUGGGGUAGAUACGCAACUGGAAGUGUCAAGUUACGGUUGACAAGUUUUUUAGUGGAUAGGGUGAUUGGGAAUUCCGGUGUUCGAUACCAACUUGAACCAAAACGUCAAAGAUAUUUCCAUGAAAAACAUUUUAUUCAUGUUAAUAGAUCAAUAAUGAAGAACAAGUAGUGAAAAAUUCAAGUGAACUAUUUUUUAAAGAGUUUGAAAUAUAUUCUAUAACGAAACUUCUAAAUAUGUACUUCUAUUCAGUGACUUCCGAUUUAGAUUUCCUCUAUUUGAAACUAAAUCUAAACUAAAAGUGCUUAAAACUAAAGCUUCAUUAAAUAACAUGAGAACCUUUCAGUGAGUGAAGUGCCAAAUAGUGGACAAUGCGCGAUAAAUGGACUAAAGCUAAUUUAAGGAUAACGGAAGGAUAACAGCGGGACUAUCCAGGACAACGGCGGUUUUCCCGCCACAUUGUGAUACUAAAAGCAAGGGGCAGGAUACGAUACAGAGAAGGACUGCUAAAAAAGGGAUUCUUGUAAUGUUAUUCUAUAGGACUCGAAGGAUGCAUUCGACCGUAAUUACAAGGAAUAUUGGCAAAGUAAUCGAAGGAUAACUGUAGGAUUCGAGUCAAAGUAAUUGUAACGUUAGAAGAAUAAUCACAUGAUGUUUCCUGGGUGUAUUAAGACUCCUAGGUCGGCGCAGGGGUCAACUGAUGAUAUCACUAAGCAGACAAAAAGUAUAGUACAGAUUUACUCAGAUUGGGCGAAUCAUUAUCUUGAAAAAGCGAAAAGUAAAAAACGAGUUAGCUCGUUGGCGUCCGAUUGCAGUGAUGGAGUUCUUUUGGCUGAAGUCAUCGAGUCAGUCACAUGUCAGAAAAUCGCAGAUAUUCAGAGGAAACCAAAGACCCCCACUCAGAUGUUGGAAAAUAUCAACGCGUGUUUAUCGUUUCUUCACAGCCAGCAUGUCGCCGGUAUCGAGAAUGUUUCGGCGCAAGAACUGCGAGAUGGCAAGUUGAAGGCCAUUCUAGCGCUCUUCUUCGCUCUCUCAAGACAUAAACAAGCGGCUAAAACUGGCGGCAGACACCAAGUCACCGCGCAACAGCAAGAGAUGACUCCUAACAGAUCUUCGGCGAUAGUUCAUAAGGGAAACAGUAGUAUUCCUUUACCAGGUUCAUCGUUACCAGCUCGGAGAUGCCCCCCGGACAAAGUUCGACCGGUUGCAGGCAGCAGCCGAAGUACCAGUCCUGCAAUGUCCAUGAUACCUAGAGCUCCACCCACUCAAAUAACCAGUCCGUAUCAGAGCAACAACCAAUCUCAAAAAAAUUCAAUGUUAGAUAAAUUGAAACUUUUCAAAAAUAAUGAGAAACCAUCUCCUGCUAGUAAUGGUAAAAGAACCAGUAGUUCCAGCGGGGUAUCUUCAGCUAGAAGUGAACGGAGUGACUCAAGUAUAAGUCUUGAACCAAACGUAGAUCUAAAACCAGUUCGUAAUACCUCUAGAUUAAAACAAACGAGACCAGGAAAACCGACUCAGGUUAAAAAUAGUCCUAAUGCUACCAAAAAGGAAGUUAUAACAACCAACAAGUCAAACAAAACCGCAGCUGAUGUCGAAAAACAUGCUUACAAAGUAGCAAAUCUUCCUAUGACUAAAAUAGCAGAACCAAAAAUAAGAGUUGCGGUGAGUAAAGAAUCGGUUCCUAAAUCGACGCAUUUACCAGUACUUAACGGAGCCGCACAACCAGUUCCUGGAACCGGCAUACCUAAACCAACUGCCGCAGUAAAAGGAACUAGUAAAAUCACAAGAGAUGCUAGCGUAAGCUCAUUCAAAGGACCAAAUGGAAUAUCAGUAUCUAGAGAAAGCUCCCAAGUAUCACUAAAACAACAAAAGCCAACUGUAGCUCUCAUAUCACCAAUAAAGACCGAUAAAGAUUCUACGCAGCUAUCAGAGAGCAGUCAUAGCGCUAGUACAGGUCAUCAUAGUAAUUCUAGUGAAAGUUCGGUUAUAUAUAAACCUUCUAGUGAAAGUGGAUCAGAAUGCCACAACAUUAUACCAAACCGAAAAGAACCUAUAAACUAUAUCACUGCAGUCACCGAUCAAUCGCCGCCUCCACCGGCUCCUCAAACACCUAAAGAUUCUUCAAACGAAGAAGUAAAGCAACAGAAAAUCGACAAAGAAACAAAUCACAUAUCUUACAAUAAUAUACUUAAUAGAGAAAAAUUAGAUCUUCCAAAAGAAACACAAAAAGAUAUCAUUAAUCAUAUCAAAGAUGUAUACUUAGAGGAGAAAGAUGAUAAUUUAUCUAUAGAACCAAUGAGGCCUUUGUUACGAGGUUACUGUAGCACUUUAACUUUGCCGCCCAGACAGAGACAGUACCAAAGGGUACAACCAGACGGUGGAUCGGAUUAUUGUGAAAUAUCUUUAGCUAACGGAUACUUAUCGGAUGGAGAGAUACUCAGAAAUACCGUCGCUAUGGACAUAGCAGAUGGAUAUAUGUCUGAAGGAGGAUCCAUUUUGUAUACCAGGAGAUUACAAACUAUGCCUGCGCAUUUACCAAAUGGUAAUCCCCGUCUCGCCUCCGGCCUCACCGUGUUGACAGAACAGUCCAGUAGAAGGGGAGGCUCUAAUGAGUCUCCCCCUCCGCCACCAGCUCCCAGAGUGACUUCCAAAUCUUCUCGCAAUGGUCUUUCUCUACAAGAAUCAAAACACACAUUUUCCGAUGGUAAACAUACCCACCUAGAUUCAAAACACGAAUCCAAACACUCGCAUCAUCAACAGUGGAAACGCUAUACAGAUUCUCCAGGUGUAGGCUCACCACCACCUCCACCUGCACCUGCGCCGGGAAGUCCUACGCAAAGCAGAAGAGAAAGAAGAGCAAGUCCGCAUGGAAGCAGUAGCGGAAAGGAAAAAACUGGAAAGGGUGCUAGAGGAGUGCCGCAAAGCUUCGGAUAUUUUAAACGUAAUGGUACUGGAGUGAACGGUACUGCUAAUGGAAGUAGCAAUGGACAACCUGUGCAAGUAAUCCAUAAUCAGUCUGCGGGAAAAACAGCAUCUGUGUCCGCCGUUCCCAGAACGAAAGUUAAAGUUUCUGGGGGAACUCAAACUUGUUCGAGUGAUCUCCAACAAUCUCACAAAACAAGUCCACCACAAUUCAAGAGUUACUCAUUAACUGGUAAUACCGCUAAUCAACUCAGUCAGUCAGUCAGAGAACGUCUUAUGAUGGGUUCACAAAGUCUUCCAAAGGGUGCUGGUGGAGCGCACCAAGAUUACGGACUGGUUAUGCGGCAAGUCAGACCAAAAGCCAGUGAUGGGUCUCUUUCCGACACACAAGCAAUAGAAAACACCAGUCCAUAUGCUCCUUGGUUAAGACAUAGCAAUACUUAUUCAGUUGCUCCCAGGUUAUCAGAGACGGAUAGUAUGGAAUCUUUGACGAGUUUGCCAGGUCACAGAAGUAGUUUAACACAUACAAGAUUAUUAAGGGAUUCACCAUCAAGGUUAAGUCGAAGCAAUAGUAUAAGAUCUACAAAAUCGGAAAAACUGUAUCCCUCCAUGAUGCACCGAAAUACUGAACCUGAAGCUGAACCGUAUUAUUGUCUACCAAUAGGUAGUUUGAGCCAUUGGUCUCAACCUACCAGUCCAGCUCCUGGUAGCACUAGAACUUUCCCGCUUUCUCCAACACACUCGAGUACUCCGAGGCACAGUUUGCCCAAGAACGAUGAUGUGCACGGAUCUUCAAUCAGCUUGGUUUCAACGGCGUCUAGUUUGUAUUCAUCGGCUGAGGAAAAACAAGCUCACGAAAUUAGGAAACUGAGAAGGGAAUUAACGGAGGCCCAAGAAAAAGUGCACACGUUGACUUCGCAACUCAGCACCAAUGCUCAUGUAGUAUCGGCGUUCGAGCAGAGUCUAACCUCGAUGACUCAGAGACUUCAACACUUGACCGCUACAUCGGAGAAAAAGGAAGCAGAACUUCAAGAACUACGACAGGCUAUGGACGCCCUUCGUGCACAAUCCAUCCAAGCUGGUAUAGGCUCCAGUCUAGCCAGACAACCUUCUUCUGAUAGCGUAUCUAGUCUUUCAUCCGCUUGCAGCCUAGACAAACACGACAAAAAGAAAAAGAAAGGUUGGUUACGGAGCUCAUUCACCAAAGCUUUUUCACGAAAUGCCAAAGUCACCAAAGUACAAUGUCAAAGUGAUACGACGGAAGAAAGGGCUCACAGUCCGCCACCCGUCCAAACUACAGAUCCCGGUUUGGAAGUAGUAGAACUUCAGAAACAACUUCGAGAAAAAGAUUUGGUAUUAACAGACAUUCGAUUAGAAGCAUUGAGUUCUGCUCAUCAAUUGGAAAGUUUAAAAGAUACAGUUAUGAAAAUGAGAAGCGAAAUGCUAAGUUUGAAACAGAAUAACGAACGAUUACAAAGGAUGGUAACGGGUACAACUAAUUUACCGACGGAUUUAACAGAUACGAGAAGCAGUAAUAGCAUUGACGUCUUAAGUGACCUCAUUCCUACCGAGGAUCCAACACCAGAAGUAGAAACCGAUGGUAAACGAAUAGCGAUUUCAGUUUAUUUGGGGCAGCCACAAAGUUUUGAAAAGUAUUAUGCUGAACAUUACGGGUAUGAUGGUUUAAGUGAUAAUGCCAAUACAGAAAUAUCGAUAGCACAUACAAAUAUCGGCGCUUCGACAUCUUGGGCACAACUCGACAACUCUGUAAGACGUGCCUUUAAACAAUAUGUCGCUCGAUUAGAUCCAGGAGGUGGACUUGGUUUAGGAAGUGACGCCAUAGCUAGUUAUAAACUAGGAGAAGCUGAGCGUAAACCCGAUUCCGGUCCGCCAGAUCUUCUUCCUGUUGGAUAUGCAGUCGGAAGAGUGGGAACUUUGCAUGUCGUUUUACAACCAGUAGCAGCCUUAGCCUUCGAAGCCUUAAUUCCAAAAGGAGUAGCUCAAAGAUUAGUUUCAUUAUUAGCCGAACAUAGAAGAUUAGUACUUUGUGGUGCACCAGGCACGGGAAAAACACAUUUAGCUACUAGAUUAGCCGAAUUCCACGCCCAGAGUUUGGGUAGAGAUCCUGCCGAAGCAGUAGCAACUUUCAAUGUCGACAACAAGUCCGGUAAGGAAUUGCGCCAGUACCUUACUCAUCUAAGCGAACAAGCAGCAGGUGGUGACAAUAGUGUACUACCGUGCGUAGUUGUCUUGGAUAAUCUCCAUAAAGCCGGUACACUCGCGGAUGCUCUAGGCUCUCUACCCCGAAAUCUCCCCUGUCUUCUAGGUACAAUGGCACAAAGUGCUUGCUCCGCAACUAGCUUGCAACUUCAACAUGGAUUUCGAUGGGUACUAGUAGCGCCACAUAUGGAACCAGCUCGAGGACUAUUAGGAAGAGUAUUAAGAAGACGAUUAGCUGGAUUAGAACUUGAACAAGGACCACAACCAGAACUAGCAGCUAUACUUGGUUGGUUACCGAGGGUAUGGCAACAUUUGAACGCUUUUCUUGAAACACAUAGUAGUGGAGAUGUUGCUAUUGGACCUAGACUAUUUCUAAGUUGUCCUCUCGAAUUAGACGCAGCACGAGCAUGGUUCGCAGAUGUCUGGAAUUACUCCUUAGCUCCAUAUCUUCGAGAAGCGGCUCGUGAAGGUCUUCAAUUGUACGGUCGUCGUGCUCCUUGGACAGAUCCUACACAAUUUGUCCUAGAAACGUAUCCAUGGCCGGGUUCUCCGCCACAAGGUCUAACUACCAUUUCAGCCAAAGACGUAGGUCUUGAAGUAGGACCAUCGGCCCAAUCAGAAAACGAAGGGGAUCCUCUUUUAAAUAUGCUGAUGAGGCUUCAAGAAGCUGCAAACUAUUCUAGUCCGCAUUCAAACGAUUCAGAUUGUAACAGUCUGGAAUCGAAUUUGACACAUACUAGUAAUUUAGGCACAGAAAGUGUGUCUUAGGAUAUAAAUGUAACUUGAGUGGUACAUGUGAUGACAUUUGGUUUGAAUGGGAAGGAAUAGUUUUUUUGGGUUUAUUACAUUUUAAAUAUAUUUUGAUGCUAUUUCAGUAAAUCCUAUGUCAUCAUUAUAUUUGUAGGUUUGAAGGAAACUGGUCGAUUUUUUUAUAGAAAUCGAUAUUUUUGAAUUGAGCAUACUCAAAUUAUUCAUUAUAUUUUGAAUUAUGAUAUGAAUCUGCUUAGAAAUUGAGUAGAUUUCAUAAAUUUAUUAGAUACGGUAAUUGAAUAAAAUAUCUUACCAUUAUCAUUUUAAUAUUUCAUAUCAAGACAGGGUAUUAUUUCCUGUUUUCUAAUUAACAUUGUCUAAUGUUAAAUGCAGAAUACAAAAGUGACAAUGUAAUGAUGAACUAGCUACUAAACUUUAAAUCCUAAAUAUGCGCCUCUAUCUAUCUAUUAGUCCAAGAGGUCGUUAGUGCCAGACCAUUGGAUUUUAAUAAAAGCUGAAAGCUCUUCUAUGUAUACCCGCAAUACAUGUAAGAAUGAUUCUCACUCAUGACACCUGCGUAGUGGCUUGGCAGGUACCAGGUAGCAAAUGUGUAUAAAAGUGCAUCUUAAAUGUGUAAUUGUAUAAAAUUCCAGUUUACUUAUAUUUCUUUUGUACCAAUAUAAAAAUUCGCUUUACUCAUUGCUAGACACUUAAUAUGUCGAAAACCCACACCCUUAACUAUUAUAAGUUUUAAUUAUACUUAUAAAAGUUAAAUUUUAUACACUUUCGACGGAAAGUUUCUGGACAAGCUUUUUGUUUACUUUUUAAUUGAAAUAUGGUACAUAAACACGUUAACCCGGCAUUAGACACGUCAAAUAUAGUUACGAGCUGUGAUAUGUGGGGUGUAGCAAACCCCAAAUUGAUUCGGUCAGCGAUGCCUUCCUGAUAUCUAUUUUGGAAAAAUUUUAGUGCUUUUCUGGGCCCUCUUAGUAGGUAAUAUUGAAAUCUUUGUAUAAAAAUAUUAUUUUUUUUAUUGAAUAUUGCACGAAUAUGGACUCUUUUAGAGUAAAAAAUAAGAUGCUUUUUUUAUUUAUUUUCUGAAAAUAUUUCAAUAAAGAUACUAAACAAAUCGAAACAGAAUAUUAUAAAUAAAACUGCAGGCUUUCAAACAAAAAAACCGAAUAAAAUUCUCACUAGUAACAAAAAAGUUAUUGUGUAUUCAAUUAGUACAAUUUUUACAAUAGAUAUCUGCAUGCUCGAGGCAUAAAAAUACGGAUUGUGCUUCACAAACAUAUGUGGUUUUCCUGUCACGUGAACGUGAGCAUUCAGAGCAUCUUCCCUGUUGAUUAAGCCUUGUCUUUUUGGUAGGUAGGCUUACGAUUUUCACCCAAAAGUUUUCUGGUAUUGCCGCGUAAAUCGAGAGCAAGUUUGGGGUUAGACAGCCUUUGUCUCUGAUGGUCUUUGAUUAAUUCCAUACCUAAUGUUUUUAAAAAAAUUCUUCUUGGGAUUCUCUAUCCAUUGUUAUUCUCCCUGUGUAUAAUUAUGCUGUUAAUCCUCACAGUAUUCAGUAAUGAAAAAAAAAUUGUUAAUGGUCAUCUGCGGCUAUUGCGACAUACAUUAAAAGAUGUCGACAAUUCGUCCCCGACAUCCUCUCCACUUUUAUUCAAAUUAUAAAAAGAAAUUAUUUGUGGAAGUUUCUUUCCAGAAUUAUUGUCCACUGAAUCGUCAUAAUGAAGUGAUGAUAUUAGUAACACAACCUUACCCUCUUUAGGGACAUACAAAUCAAUAGUGUAUCCCUCCUGGAAACCAAAUAUACUGGAGUGUAUUUCUCUGCCUUAUCUGGCUUAUUUUUUCUUGUGGUUUCUACAGCAGUUAACUUGUAACGUUCACGUAGAUUGACCAAGAGAGAACUGGUGUACCAAUUAUCGAACGUGAUGUUGCGUUAUGUUCCUGACACUGGAGCAACCUGACAAUUUACUAUGUCUAUAGUAUGAUACACUGAGUUCAUCGAAAAGAGAAUUUUUUAAUUAACUUGUUCAACUAUAAUUUGUGAAAAACAAUAUAAUUUUAACAAAUUAUUAAGUUAUUGUUUUCAUAAUGCCUUGAAAAUGAAGUAAUUUUUUAAAAAGAUAUUCCAAAAAUAGUAAAAUUGAAUUACUCAAUUCAAAAAUAAAUGUUAGAAUAGUAUAUUGAAAUAGAAGUAACAGAAGGCUUUUUAUUCCAGCAAGAGUUCCAAAGAAGAAACGAAUACGAGUGUUUUAUACUAUUUUCUCUUUUUCGGCUUGUUUACAUAUUAUUUAUUUAUAAAAAAACUUUUAUAAAUAUAUAUUAUGGAAAUUACACGGUAAUGUAGGUGGUCGGUUGGUAGCACUGAUUAAUGUUUGAUGAAUAUCAUUUGAAUUUAAAAGUUUGCUUGAGUCAGAAAAAAUGUCGAACGAAGAACUUUAAUUUACACCACCAGAAUUGCGGGACGUGGUCUUCACCGCCAUAAAUAAUUUAUAAGUUAUAAAGGCUCAACAAUGUGAAUCAAUAUCAAAUAAUUGUUUAAAUACUGAUAUAUUAAAAUUGCAAUUAUGUACUUUCGAAACAAUGUUCCACGGUAUAUCAACGACCCUCGCACAUGACCGUAUAAUGACCAGUCAGCUAUCAAAAUAAAACUGUGAGAAAGCGAAUUAAAGCCAACGAUAAAUUCUCACUCACACAUUCCCACUAAACUCUGGUAAAGAGGAAUAGAAUUCCCAUGGAUCAAUUGAUCGCAACGUUUCAUAGAAACUUGCACUAUUGAAAUAUUAUUAUGUUAGUUGAAGAUUUUAAAUUUAUAUUUCUAUGUUGUAUAAAACAUUUUUCAAUAACUCAAAAUGUUUUCUUCACUUAGCCUUUAUAUAUCCGACAAGGGUACUGAAAAAUCUGUCUUAUUUCUAUACACUGUAUCAUCAAGGGUAUAGCUUAAGCUUUUAUUGAUUGCAAAUAUUUUCAGAGCUUACCCUUUACAUAAUAAAUCUUAAAACUUGGUAGUUCUAAAAGUAUAAAUGCAAUAACCUUUGAAGAAUCAAAAUAUAUACUUUACUUAUAUAACUUAUAGCUGGACGUAAACUAUCUGCAAACUACUCUGCUGUUUUGUUGUAUUAAUAUAUAAACUAAAUUUCGCAUCAUUAUUUAACUGAGAACGUCUUCAAUUAGAAUUAAUCUGAAAUUGUCAAAAUUGAAAUGUUGUCUCGAUUUUGUUAUUAUUAUGAUUUUGGAAUAAAAGCGAACAGUUUCAUUUCUGUUUUAACAAAACAGAAAAAAUUAACCUUAAAGUGUAACUUGACUAUAACAAAAGUGCUUAAAAUUGUUCGUUGUAACAUAAAGUUAAAGCCCAAUAUUUAUUUUAUGAAAUAUACACUGAUUUUUAUACAGCGUUUGAUAAAUGAAAUGUCUCAGUGUUUAACUACUACUUGGAAUAUAUGUUUUUGUCAAUCCUUUUAUUUAUUAUCAUUGAAAUAGUAAAAAAUUCUGGUUUUACUAAUAACGGCGAUAUAUUCCAGUAAUGAAUCUUCCUAGACGAAAUUAAUUUUAAUAAUAGUAAUUAAUAAUUAAUUUAGAACAAUUAUGUUUGAAGACUAUAUAUAAAUUUCAUUCAAAUAAUCUUUGCUUAAAAAAAUUAAUAAAUAAAAUUCAUUAAAACAUCAAGAGGGUAUUCAAAAAAAUUAUUUAAAAACAAACCUAUGAAUAAUUCAGUAAAAAAUAAAUUCCUCUAUAAAAAAUUUUCAGUAGCGUGUCUAUCCGUCUACUGCUAUGUUUUUAAUAAAUAGUUAUUUAUACUAUUGACAAGGUUGUACAGAAUAUUUGGAAAUUUAUAUAUGAAAAUGUGCAAAGUCAAGAUAAGUCAACCAGAAACAUAAACACAGUGUGGGAACUUGCAAGAAGAGGUAACAACUACAGUUUAAAGUUAUAUUAUUUUUUUAUGAAAAUCAUUUUCUUGUAAGUAGUAAAGAAAACUAUUUGGAAAACAUUUUCUUAUGUCACUAUCGACUAAGGAUUAUGUUAUGAAUUAAAUCACUUCAAUUUUUUAUUUCAAUUAUCGAAGAUUCGAGUGUCAUAUUAGGCUUUGAUUUAACAGAAUAAAUUCCACAUUUCACCAUAAAUUUGAAAAACUCUGUCAUUGGUGCCCAGCUCCUAAGAAGAAAAAUGAAUAUGCUAGAGUUCAGAUUAUGGAGACCGAAUUUGUGCGCUAAGAGAAGAAUAGUGAAAUACUGUUUACACUCCACUACACUAACACACACGAUAACUUGGUUAUCGAAACGCGCGUCAGACACUGUAAUAGUGGGUGUUGGUGUAGUGUUAGUGUAAACAGUGUUUUCAAUAUGAAUGCUAGGGGUUCCAGAAAUAAAAACUUAGCUAAUCGAAGAAGCCUACAUAUAUCUGUCUCCUUGAAAACCCCAAGGGGAAUCACAGUUGAACAAUACGUGGAGUUUCUUCCUCACCUUCGCCACUACUGUAAACUUACAUAAUAACUAAAUUUUACUAUACAGCCAAACUUCUAAGAAUCCUAUAUUUAUAUUUUGUAUGUGUACAUCACAGGAGUGGGAAGUUAGUGUCACAUAAAUUGAAAAUUAUGAUAUUUUUUAUUAAAAAGAAAAUUAUUAAUAUUACUUGAAAAAAUGCUAAAAAAUGAUUUUGGCAAUAGUUACAUAUAAUAUUAAAACAUCAUUUUUAUUUUGUAUUUUGCAUAUACAAUAUGAAUUUCAAAGCUAUUUCACUAUUUAAAGUAUUUUAGAAAAACCAGAAUCUCUUUUUCAAUUAUUGUUCAAAAGUGUAGGCUUCAAAAUUUAUUGUAAUAUAUUAUAAACAUCAAAACAAAUAUGGGAAAUGAAAAUACAUAUUAUGUCAAUUAAUUAUAAAUAUAUGUUAUUUUCACCAUUUAAUUUUUUUAUUCAGUUAAUUUAAAGUUAAAUUUUAUAGAAAACGUUUAAUAUAAUUCAAAAUUAUCUUGAGAUGAUAUAUGUAUUUUAUUACACAAGGUAAGCACCUUAAUUUUUAGAGCUAAUAAAGACACUGCUUUAUGUAGACAUUUUAUGUAAUAAGGAAACCACAACCCUUUAAAGGGGUAGGAGUGAGUUGAGAAUAUCACCAUUAUACCUAGUCCAUCCCAUAAGAAAACAAGGUCGCUGUUUAUUUAAUUUCGAAUGUGCCCUUUUCAAUACAUUUAAAUUAUAAGGAAUUGAUUAUAAUUAUAAUUUAAAUUAUAAGGAAUAAUUGAUCAUAUUUUUUGUUAUCAAGAGUGUAGAUAAUGGUACAAAUUAUUGAAUUAUCUCGAGAACACCAUUUUGAUGUAGCAAAUUCUUAAAAAAGUAGUUUUUAAAAAAUGCCACAUAAUAAUCUUCACUACUAAUAAUUGUGACCUCGUACCUCAAAACCAAAAAGUUAUUAGUUCAUCUCUUUAAAGGGGUGUAUCUCCUUCUUCUUCAGUUUUGGAAAAAAAGUGUUAAGUAAGAAGUACUUUUAUUAUUUUAGAAAGUGGUACCAACUCUUAAAAUUUACGUAGAACCAUUUUUUAGUACAGUUUCCAUUACUUUCAAUGCAUCAUAAUAUAAAACAAAGUUUUAAGUAAGAAGUACUGUUAUUAUUUUUUAAGUACCACCAGCUAUUAAUAUUAAUGUACAUAAAUCUGUAGCACUUUGUAGUAAAGUUUCUAUUACUUUCAAUGUAACACAAUACACAUUUUUAUACAUAAAGGAGACUGUCAAUACAAAUCAUCAAUUUUUGUUCAUUUUUAGCUUACAGAACUACUUUAUGAGUAUAAGUUCAUUGUUUUAUUUCAAAUUCAAAUAAUCCUCUCAUUUCAUGAAACAAAUUUAUUCUAAAAAGAAUUAACAAUACCUUGAAGUUAAUUAAAAGAAGAAAAUAUUUACUCACAAAGGGGUAUCAUCACCAAGCUACAAUUGACAAAUUCCUCAGGUUUCAAAGUAAGUGUACUUUUUCACAUGAAAGGCAACUUUCAGAUCAAAGCGUUGACUCUGAUUUGAGACAUAUUUUAUUAGUCUAACAUGCAUGUCGAGAACUAAAGUAGUUCAAAUAUUUCUCAUAUUUGUUUUCCCUCUAAGAGUUAUUUGUGAGUUUUUCUGGUCAUGAACGUUUUCUGUAUAUAUGUUAUUUAUAUAUUACACAGAUAAAAAGAUAUGUAUAAUUUGUUUAUUACGUUUAUAUUAACAAUGUAAAUGUUUUUGAAGAACUUUUAUACCAAAAUAUGUAUAAUAAAAACUGCCAUAAAUUAUUAUUU